GCUUUUGUCCAACCCCAGCUGGAAAUUUAGAAAAAGAGAAAAAGCGACAGAAGAGAGAGAAAGACACGGUAAAAAGAAUUGCUAUUGCUGCUAUUGGCCUGUUGCAAUUGCUGCCCUCGGAAGAAACUACUCAUAAACCCCGCUUUUGUUUACCCUCUUUUUUUCUCUUUCAUUCUUCCUAAUAUUCUCAUUCUCACAGUUGAACAGAAAAAAUACUCCCAAGUUCAGUUCUUUUGAGUGUUCCAACUCUGACGGCAUGGAUUCUCAGAGAGGUCCUCUUUCUAGCUGGGCUUACUUCUGCCAAGGAAAGACAAGGUUGGCAGUUCAGGAAGAGCUGACAAAGAGAGAUGAUCAAUUAAUUCAACUCAAAGAGUUGCUGAGCAAGGCAGUGAGAGAGAGAGAUGAAGCACAGGAGAAAUAUCAAAGACUUUUCCUUGAGAAACUCUUGCUCCACCAACGGCAAAAACAGCAUAUUGCUCCUCUUUCUGGAGUUUCUAGCAUUGAAGAUGAACCCAGAAGAGGAAUUGACUCCAACAAUGGCUUCUCAUCAUCCGAUUGUAAGGAAAGCAUUGUUUCAUCUCCUGUUCUUGACCCAAUUCAACAACCCCAACUGCCACCAGCACCACCACAAGGACCACAAGCACCAGUACCAAGACCACCUAAAUCCACGCCACAAGCAACCACAAAGCUAGUGCCAAAAAAGCCAUUACCUGAAAAGGGUAAGCUUUUACAGGCAGUGAUGAAAGCUGGUCCACUCUUGCAAACCCUUCUUUUAGUUGGACCACUGCCUCAAUGGAGACACCCACCAUCACCACUUGAGUCCUUUGAGAUCCCACGUGUGACAAUUCCUUCACCACCGCCACCUCCACAACUCCUCCACCAAGACUCCUUGACCAGCAUUAACGGUUGCAACACCCUAAACACCUGUGGUAAAGUUAACAAUGGCUUCUCAUCAUCUGAUUGUGAGGAAAACAUUGUUUCAUCUCCUGUUCUUGACCCAAUUCAACAACCCCAACUGCCACCAGCACCACCACAAGGACCACAAGCACCAGUACCAACACCACCUAAAUCCAUGCCACAAGUAACCAUAGAGCUAUUGCCUGAAAAGCCAUUACCACUGCCUCAAUGGAGACACCCACUACAACCACUCGAGUCCUUUGAGAUCCCACGUGUGACAAUUCCUUCACCACCGCCACCUCCACAACUCCUCCACCAAGACUCCUUGAUCAGCAUUAACGGUUACAACACCCUAAACACCUGUGGUAAAGUUAACAGUGUGGACAUCCUAUUUAAUCUGUGGAUCAAACCAAGCUCAAUUAGUUUACUGUUGAUUUUUGGUUUUGAGAUUUCUGUUGGGUUUUUAAGAAUUUGGAAACUGUUCUGGGUCUAUGGAUUUAUAUGUUAUAUUAGUUUGGCGACUUUGCUAGGGAAUAUGAGAGUCAGCAAUUUAAAAGAGAUGGGAGAUCAGUUAAAAGCAUGGAUCCAAGCUUUAAAACACAACCAAGAGGAAUUUAGGCAUGACCUACAAGAAAUAAAAAUGCAACUUACCAAGCUCAUGAAGAGGGUGAAAAAUCUUAAAGCGACCUAUUCUCGAGAAUUUUCAUCAACUCCAAUUUAUGUGAGCAUUAAACAACCAUCUUGUUAA